GCUGCGCUGGGUUCCGUGUGUCUAUGUCAAUGUGUCUGUCCUUCACUCCUCCAUUGUCUGCUGCCGCUGCCGCCGCCGCUGCUGCUGCCGCUGCACGAAUCGCCGCAGCCCCCAGCCUUGCGCGUCGUCGCUACCUCCUCUGACAGAAAUUUUAUGAAUAAGCAUCAGAAGCCAGUGCUAACAGGCCAGCGAUUCAAAACUCGGAAAAGGGAUGAAAAAGAGAAAUUUGAACCCACAGUUUUCAGGGAUACACUCGUCCAGGGGCUUAACGAAGCUGGUGAUGACCUUGAAGCUGUAGCCAAGUUCCUGGACUCUACAGGCUCGAGAUUAGAUUAUCGUCGCUAUGCGGACACACUCUUCGAUAUUUUGGUGGCUGGCAGUAUGCUUGCCCCUGGAGGAACACGCAUAGAUGAUGGUGACAAGACCAAGAAGACCAACCACUGUGUGUUCUCAGCAAAUGAAGAUCAUGAAACCAUCCGAAACUACGCUCAGGUCUUCAAUAAACUCAUCAGGAGAUAUAAGUAUUUGGAAAAAGCAUUUGAGGAUGAAAUGAAAAAGGUAAAACUCAAAUAUAAUGCCUAUCUAUUUAAAAUGAUGAAAUGGACAGGGCGCAAAAAUUUUACGAAUGAAAUUCUCUCUUGUGUUUUAACAGGCAUUGCGGCCUCCUUCGCUGUCAAGCUUUUUAAAGCAUGGAUGGCAGAAAAAGAUGCCAACUCUGUUACCUCGUCUUUGAGAAAAGCCAACUUAGACAAGAGGCUGCUUGAACUCUUUCCAGUUAACAGACAGAGUGUGGAUCAUUUUGCUAAAUACUUCACUGACGCAGGUCUGAAGGAGCUUUCCGACUUCCUCCGAGUCCAGCAGUCCCUGGGUACCAGGAAGGAACUGCAGAAGGAGCUCCAAGAGCGUCUUUCUCAGGAAUGCCCAAUCAAGGAGGUGGUGCUUUAUGUCAAGGAAGAAAUGAAGAGGAAUGAUCUUCCAGAAACAGCAGUUAUUGGACUUCUGUGGACCUGUAUAAUGAAUGCCGUUGAAUGGAACAAGAAGGAAGAACUCGUUGCAGAGCAGGCUCUCAAGCACCUGAAGCAAUAUGCGCCCCUACUGGCUGUGUUCAGCUCCCAAGGCCAGUCCGAGCUGAUCCUCCUCCAGAAGGUUCAGGAAUACUGUUACGACAACAUCCACUUCAUGAAAGCCUUUCAGAAGAUCGUGGUUCUCUUUUAUAAAGCUGAUGUUCUAAGUGAAGAAGCAAUAUUGAAAUGGUAUAAAGAAGCACACGUUGCUAAAGGCAAAAGCGUUUUUCUUGAUCAGAUGAAGAAAUUUGUUGAGUGGUUACAAAAUGCAGAAGAAGAAUCUGAAUCGGAAGGUGAAGAAAGUUAAAUGGCUCAACAGGCACAAUACCUAGGUUACGACACAACACUUCUUGAUUGGGAAUGCUGAACUAUUUGGGAAGAGAAACUUGGCUUCUGUUUUCACAAAGGAAAAAAAAAUAGGAUAGGCUUUCCCCCUGCAGAGGGGGAAAUGGUUUUCGUUUUUGUUUUGUUUUUAAAUGGAGCCCUGAGGCAUCAGCUAUUAUACUUGGGACUCUACCUCUCACUCACGAUAUGCUAACUUAAAGCCAUUCAACAAGGAGUCACGUAGGAAUCUGAAAUUAAAUGCUCAACAGACUCCUCUUUUUUAGCUGUAUUUUUCAGGUACUAUGUGGUGAACGCCCCACUGGUGUCUAUUACAGGGCCACUUUGGUAGUUGUGUAUCUGCUCGUGUAUGUGAUUUGACAAACCAGUUUUUUAAAAUAAAUGGCUUUUUAAAAAUCUGG